AACAAUCAUUUUCUCCAAGGCAGAAGAAGAUCAUUGCAGAAAAGGAAAAAAUAAAUGGAACAAUAUGGCAGGUGUUCUAGAGUGGGAAAAUGUGUUGGUGCUGUCAAAAGCAAAAUUUUCCGAGCCAAUUCUGACAACAGAUGCAUUAUCGAGGGAACAAUUGUUAUUGAGCAUGGUUCCAGGAAGUAUGGUCCUGGCAAGUCAGUUUCUGUUCAAAUCUACAGCUCAACAGAAGUUGAUCCUGAUACUGGCAAAGGAAAAUUGAGUCAGAAAGCAUACCUCAAGGAAGGAAAGAGCAGCAAACAAGAUGAUGUAAGAACCACAACGUAUCAAGUGAAGUUCUUCGUGGAGUCAGGAUUUGGAGUUCCAGGCGCUUUCGUCGUAAGAAACCAGCACAGGCAUGAGUUCUUCCUUCAACAUGCAACCCUCCAAGCUUCUGAGAACCAGAUUAUCCACUUCGACUGCAGGUCCUGGGUGUAUCCCAUCAAAAAGACCAAAUCCAAUCGGAUAUUCUUCUCAAACUCUUGUUUUCUUCCCAGCCAAACACCUAGAGGUCUGGUGGAAUUACGGAGGGAGGAACUUGUAAGUUUGAGGGGAAAUGGAACUGGAGAAAGGAAGAAAUGGGAUCGAAUCUAUGAGUACGACUACUACAAUGAUCUUGGCAAUCCUGAUGAAGAUCCAGAAUACAUUAGACCUGUGUUAGGUGGCUCUAAUUUGCAUCCAUUCCCUCGUAGGCUGAGAACGGGGAGACCUCCAAACAAAACUGAUCCAUCAACUGAAAGCCGGCCAGAAUUAUUUAAUUUUGAUAUAUAUGUUCCUCCAGACGAAAGAUUCAGCCCGAAGAAACUAGCUGAAUUCAAAAGGAAUGCAAUCCAGGCUACACUACAUUUCCUUGUACCUGAGGCAAAGAAAUUGUUCCAGGAAUCCAACGGUCUUGAUUUCGAGUCCUUUGAUGAGAUUCUUGACCUGUUUUCCAGCAACAGAGACCAAGUUCUGGAGGGAGGGGUUGCAAAGAUAAUGAAGAAAUUAGUAACAGAUGGUUUUUUUAAAGAAAUUACUAAUGCAAGCAAAUUAGACUCCAUAAAUUUCCCAUUACCUCAAAUUAUAGCAGCUAAUGAUACUGCAUGGAUAGAAGAUGAAGAGUUUGGGCACCAAAUGCUUGCGGGAGCAAAUCCAACACGGAUUAGGGGCUUAGAGACAUUUCCACCAGAAGGGAGUAGCAUAGACCAAUCACAUAUAGAGCACAACCUUGAUGGGCUGAGUCUUGAACGUGCAAUGAAACAGUGGAGGUUAUACAUCUUGGACCACCAUGACUAUCUGAUGCCAUUUUUAGAGAGAAUAUUCUUAGAGGAGGGUGCCUGCACCUACGCAUCCAGAACACUAUUCUUCUUGAGAAAUGAUGCCACAUUAAAGCCAGUGGCCAUUGAACUGAGCUUCCCUGGGGUGAUCAGUAGGGUGUUCGUUCCAGCAAGUGAAGGAACUGACAGAGCAUUGUGGCAACUUGCAAAAGCACAUGUCGCGGCUAAUGACUCAGUAUACCAUCAGCUCAUUAACCAUUGGUUGCAUACUCACAUGGUGGCGGAGCCAUUCAUCAUUGCCACUAGAAGGCAACUGAGCGUGAUGCAUCCAAUUCAUAGGCUGCUAGAUCCUCAUUUCAAAGACACAAUGCACAUAAAUGCGCUAGCUCGGAGUUUUCUCAUAAACGCUGGAGGAAUCUUUGAUAAUACAUUAUUCUCAGGCAGCUGUUCAAUGGAGUUGUCUUCUGAGCUAUAUAAAGAGUGGAGAUUCGAUGAACAAGCUCUCUCCAUUGAUCUUUUAAAUAGGCGCAUGGCCUUAGAAGAUACACAAAGCUUCAGUGAAGUUUUCAUCCUCUUUCAAGACUAUCCUUACGGACUAGAUGGUCUUGACAUAUGGGUUGCCAUCAAAGCAUGGGUGCAAGAUUUUUGUGAUAUCUUCUACAAAGAUGAUGAUUCUGUCAGAUCUGAUGUAGAAAUCCAAGCCUGGUGGUCCGAAAUAAGAAAUGUUGGUCAUGGUGACAAGCGACAGGAGACAUGGUGGUAUGAAAUGACAACUCGGUCUGAAUUAAUGCAGGCUCUAACCACCCUCAUAUGGAUAGCAUCUGGCCUCCAUGCUUCAUUGAAUUUUGGACAAUAUGCAUAUGCUGGUUACCCUCCAAGUCGCCCCUUUCUAUGUAGGAAAUUCAUUCCGUAUGAAGGGACAGAAGAAUUUGCUGAGUUCUUAAGUGAUCCAGACAACUACUUCCUCCAAAUGUUGCCUGGAAGAAUUCAGAUGACUCUUGGCAUAGCAUUACUAGAGGUCCUCUCGCGGCACAUAUCUGAUGAAGAAUACUUGGGUCAAAGGCCAUCAUCAAAGUGGAUAGACAAUAAAGAUGCUCAGGAAAAAUUUGAAAAGUUCAACGAAAAUCUUAAAGAAGUAGAGAAGAAAAUCUUGGAGAGAAAUGAAGAUCCCAAGCUGAAGAACAGAUGGGGCAAAGCCAAUAUUCCUUACAGACUUCUCUACCCUGAUACAUCAAAGGUCGAAUUCAAAGGAGGAAUUACAUCGAGGGGAAUUCCUAACAGCAUAUCCAUAUAGCAUAUAACAAUGUUUCAAUCUCAUGCAAACCAUAUUCUAAAGAUUCUAUCAAGCUUACAAAUGCAAUAAUUUCUUCGGUUUCAGUUUAAAGUUAGGAAGACAGUAAAGAGAAAAAAGCAUGGCAACAUGAUAGUAGUUGAAACUUGAAACGAAAGAAACCACCCUCAGAUGUUCCUAAAAAUGAAGAAAGAAUCAUAGA